AUGUGGGGGCAUCUCACGUCGUCCCUCCGCCGACUCACAGUGCGCUCUGGCGAGCCGCACACCGCGCCGGACAAGCCGCUCAUCGUCGUCUUCGGGGCCACCGGCGCGCAGGGCAGCAGCGUGGUGGCGGCGCUGCUGGCGAGCGGGCGCUACCGCAUCCGCGCCGUCACGCGCCACGCGGACUCGCCGCGUGCCGCCCAUCUGAGGGACGCCAAGGUGGAAGUGGCACAGGCCGACCAGGCGGACCGCCAGGCCGUGCGCGCGGCGCUGGAGGGUGCUUAUGGCGCGUUCGUGGUGACGGACUUCUACUCGCUGGGAGAGCGCGAGGUGGAGGUGGGGAAGGGAGUGGUGGAGGAGGCGAGGGGGGCGGGCGUGCAGCACGUGGUGUGGAGCACACUGCCCCACGUGCACCGCCUCUCCAAGGGCCAACUCAACGUGCCGCACUUCACCAACAAGGCCAAGGUGGAGGAGGUGGUGAGGGCGAGCGGCUUCAAGCACCACACAUUCGUCAUGUGUGCCUUCUAUUACCAGAACUUCGCCCACUUCAACCUCGCCAGGGAGGAGGCGGAUGGCACGGUGGUGUUUGAGCUGCCCAUGGCAGCAGACGACAUGCUCACGGCCUUCGAUGUGGACGACACCGGUGCUGCCGUGCUCAACGCCCUCGACCACCCCCAUGACUGGGAUGGCGAGUACAUGUGUCUAGCGGGCUACCACGCCCCCCUGCACCAGUACGUCUCCGACUUCCACCGCGUCACGGGCCGCCCCGCCCGCCUGCACACCACUGAGAAGGCGGCCUCUGACGAGUGGACGCAGGGGACAGGCUGGGGUGGCGAAGAAGGAACGGUUGGAGUGUUUCCUUUGUGCGCCCCUGGGGUGCUGCCAUGCCACGCUCCCUCUCACUUGUCCGUCCGCCUUCCUGUGCCUCCUGAGCAGAUGUUCCGCUGGUUCUCCCAGCACACGUACUUCGGCUGUCAUGACAUCAGCAAUGCGCGGCGCUGCAACCCGCACCUCAAGACGUGGCGCCAGUGGCUGCAGGAGAGCGGCUGGAAGGGGCCCCAGGGGGUAGAGGAGGGCGAGGGGAAGGGAGAAGCCACGGGGGAAGUGAAGGGAGAAGGGGCGAAGGAGGUGGGGGGAGGGGCGAAGGAGGUGGGGGGGAGGGGCGAAGGAGGUGGGGGGAGGGGCGAAGGAGGUGGGGGGGAGGAGGAGGAGGUGGGGGGAGGGGCGAAGGAGGUGGGGGGAGGGGCGAAGGAGGUGGGGGGAGGAGCGAAGGAGGUGGGGGGAGGGGCGAAGGAGGUGGGGGGAGGGGCGAAGGAGGUGGGGGGAGGGGCGAAGGAGGUGGGGCAUGGGGGUGAGGCCCCUCCCAAGGCGCAUGUGGCGGGCGCAUAG